AUGGGGAUCUGGGAUGUGGAAACCACAGUUCAAGUCCAUGUUCCAAAUGAGGAAGAAGAAAGACUUGAUCAUGGGAACCAUGCGCUUAUACUUGGUGGAAAGAUUAAGAGGCCAGCCAUAACACCGUACUGUCAAUGGAUUCUGACUUCCAGGGGAAGAAUAUCUUCAGAAUCCAUUAUUAAAGACUUCAAGAAGUGCUGUAUAUCCAGUGCCAUAGAUGGAACUGAGGACAAUGUUCUGUGGGAAGAUGAGGGAGAAGAUAAGAACAGUGAAGAGAAUGACAAGUAUGAGAGUAAGGAUACAUGUGAAAACCCCUACCUGGCGCUGGACCUGGAGACGGGCGUGCUGUCGGUGAGCGAGAAGAUGGACCGGGAGCAGAUCUGCAAGCAGAGCCCGGCCUGCCUCCUGCACCUCGAGGUCUUCCUGGAGAACCCGCUGGAGCUGUUCCGCGUGGAGGUGGAGGUGCUGGACAUCAACGACAACCCGCCCGCCUUCCCCGAGCCGGACCUGACGGUGGAGAUCUCGGAGAGCGCCACGCCGGGCACGCGGCUGCCGCUGGAGAGCGCCUUCGACCCGGACGUGGGCACCAACGCGCUGCGCACCUACGAGCUCACCCCCAACGCCUACUUCUCGCUGGACGUGCAGACGCAGCCGGGCGACGGGAGCCGCUUCGCGGAGCUGGUGCUGCAGCAGGCGCUGGACCGCGAGCAGCAGGCGCUGCACCGCUACGUGCUCACGGCGGUGGACGGCGGGCAGCCGCAGGCGCGGACGGGCACGGCGCUGCUGAGCGUGCGGGUGCUGGACUCCAACGACAACGUGCCCGCCUUCGAGCAGGCCGUGUACGCCGUGGCGCUGGCGGAGAACUCGCCGCCCGGCACGCUGGUGCUGCAGCUCAACGCCAGCGACCCCGACGAGGGCGCCAACGGGGAGGUGCUCUACUCCUUCAGCAGCCACAUCUCGGCCCGCGCACGGGAGGUCUUCGGCCUGGCGCCGCGCACGGGCCGCCUGGAGGUGGCGGGCGAGCUGGACUACGAGGAGAGCAGCGCCUACCAGGUGUAUGUGCAGGCCAAGGACCUGGGCCCCAACGCCGUGCCGGCGCACUGCAAGGUGCUGGUGCGUCUGCUGGACGCCAACGACAACGCGCCCGAGAUCAGCUUCUCCACCGUGAAGGAGGCAGUGAGCGAGGCGGCGGCGCCGGGCACCGUGGUGGCGCUCUUCAGCGUCUCGGACCGCGACUCGGCGGAGAACGGCGAGGUGCGCUGCGAGCUGGUGCAGGAGGGCGCCGCGCCCUUCCGCCUCAAGAGCUCCUUCAAGAACUACUACACCAUCGUGACCGAGGGCGCGCUGGACCGCGAGCAGCCCGGCGGCGACGCCUACACGCUGACCGUGGUGGCCCGCGACGGCGGGCGCCCGCCGCUCAGCGCCACGCACAGCAUCCAGGUGCGCGUGAGCGACGUGAACGACAACGCGCCGCGCUUCUCGCAGCCCCGCUACCGCGUGCAGGUGAGCGAGAACAACGUGCCCGGCGCCUACAUCUUCGCCGUCAGCGCCACGGACCGCGACGCCGGCGCCAACGCCCGCCUGGCCUACGCCAUCCUGGACGGGCAGAUCCAGGGCAUGUCCGUCUUCACCUACGUGUCCAUCAACGCCGAGAACGGCUUCCUCUACGCCCUGCGCUCCUUCGACUACGAGCAGCUCAAGGAGUUCAGCUUCCAGGUGCAGGCCCGCGACGCCGGCGAGGAGCCGCAGGCGCUGGCCGCCAACGCCACGGUGCACGUGGCCGUGCUCGACCAGAACGACAACGCGCCGGCCGUGGUCAGCCCCCUGCCCGGCCGCAACGGGACGCCGGCCCGCGAGCUGCUGGGCCCCGCCGACGACGCGCCCGGCUUCGGCUCCCACCACCACAGCCAGAACUACUGCUACCAGGUCUGCCUCACGCCCGAGUCCGCCAAGACCGACCUCAUGUUCCUCAAACCCUGCAGCCCGGCCCGCAGCGCCGACGCCGAGCACAGCCCGUGCGGGGCCAUCGUCACCGCCUACGCCGACCAGCAGCCCGACAUCAUCUCCAACGGCAGCAUCCUGUCCAGCGAGACAAAGCAUCAGCGUGCAGAGCUCAGUUAUCUAGUUGAUAGACCCCGACGGGUAAACAGUUCUGCAUUCCAGGAAGCAGACAUAGUAAGCUCUAAAGACAGUGGUCAUGGAGACAGUGAGCAAGGCGACAGUGAUCAUGAUGCCACUAAUCGAGGUCAAUCCUCUGGCAUGGAUCUCUUUUCCAACUGCACAGAGGAAUGUAAAGCACUGGGUCACUCAGAUCGAUGCUGGAUGCCUUCCUUUGUUCCAUCCGAUGGACGCCAAGCUGCAGAUUACCGCAGCAAUCUGCAUGUACCUGGUAUGGACUCUGUUCCAGACACUGAAGUGUUUGAAACACCAGAAGCCCAGCCUGGGGCAGAAAGAUCCUUCUCCACCUUUGGCAAAGAGAAGGCCCUUCACAAUACUCUGGAGAGGAAGGAGUUGGAUGGACUGCUGUCUAAUACACGAGCGCCUUACAAACCACCAUAUUUGAUCUUUAAUGGAGAGAGCAUUAGGGAGAUACCUGCUUGCAGACCAGCUUUUUUCAGGUAAAUAUUUGAUGCUGGGUUUUGAAAAUAUGAGGUUCUGGGGAAAAAAAGGCAAUAGUAAAUAGAAACAUGGUAUUAAGACUCUCUA